CGCAUGCUGUGUGACUCUUGCGUGUACCCCGCGCCGUGCGUGUGAUGAGACGGUCAUGCGCUGAUACGGAGCCGGUGGAUUAGCCGUACAGAUGUGAUUUCCAUGCUCAGGGUGCGUGUCGCCCGUCCGGCCCCCGUCGAGCGGAUCGCCUCUCGCCAGGACCCGGAGCUGACGGACCUCGGAUCCGCUGCGAUCUGGAUUUACCAAAUGAUUUAAUUCUCCUUAUUAAAGGGUUUACAGAAAAGGAGCAGACGGCGGCUAAUGUUCCGAGUCGCUGCCGUGCCGGGAUUAAGCCGUCGGAUGUCGGUUUCCUUCAUUAUUCUUUCAGUCCGCGUUUAAUGGAUAUUUUUGGAUAUAAUUUGGGGAAGAUCGUUCCGCGCCCAGCGAGUAUCAUGAACGCCUUUUAUCCGGGACAUUUCCAGAGGAGGAUUGGCCGUGAAAAUGCCUUUUCUGUAUUUUUAAUGCCCCCCCGGAACGUGCCGUAUAAUAAUAAUAUUUAAGGCUCGGCGGUCGUAAUGCCCGGGAUCGCCCGUGGCUCCCGAGGACAUGUCUAGGUCAAAUAGCGUGAGCCCCCCGGGAUUCGGGGCUCCCGUCCUACGGGCCGGCGCCGAGCACAGAUCGGCCUGGGGGGAAGCAGAAUCCAGAGCCAAUGGCUACCCUUACUCCAGCCGCUCGUCCAGGAAAAAGACGUCCCGCAUGAUGGGCUUGUGGAGGAGCGACGAGGACUACGAGCCCCCGCAGGGGAAGCGCUCCUCUGCAGAGAAUAAGGUGAGCUUCAGGUCCAAAUCGGCCUGGCAGGAGCACCGGGACGAGAUCCGGAACAACAACCGGCCGCCGGCCAAGAAGCCCCAGGACGGGGAGGUCGGGCCCAGGUCGGUGGAGCUCGGCUUGGAGGAGAAGUUGGGGAAAGGUAAGGCGGAGGGCGCCGAGGACGUGGCCGACUUCCACUACUCGGUGGGCUUGUGCUGCGGCGACGUUCUGGAGAUUUUCCGCUCCAAGAAGUUCCAGUCGGAGAAGCUGGAGAGACUUUACCAGAGAUACUUCUUCCGGCUCAACCAGAGCAGCCUCACCAUGCUGAUGUCGGUGCUGAUCCUGGUCUGCUCGGUGAUGCUCGUGCUCCACUGCGUCCAGGGCGAUCUCCAGGUGCCUUACGUGGCCGUCCUCUCCGUGGCCAUGUUUGUCAUUUUCGUGCUCAUCGCCGUGUGCAACCGGAACGGCUUCCACCAGGACUACAUGUGGGUCGCCUGUUACGCCGUCAUCCUGGUGGUCUUCAUGGUGCAGGUGGUGGGGGUCCUGCUGGUGCGGCCCCGGAGUGCUUCUGAUGGAAUCUGGUGGACUGUAUUCUUUAUCUACACCAUCUACACCCUUCUUCCAGUCCGCAUGAGAGCCGGCGUCAUCAGCGGAGUCGUCCUGUCCACCGUCCACCUUGCCGUGUCGCUGAAGAUCAACGCCACGGACGAGUUCCUGUUCAAACAGCUGCUGUCCAACGUCCUCAUCUUCUUGUGCACAAACAUUGUUGGUAUCUGCACCCACUACCCGGCAGAGGUGUCCCAGCGCCAGGCGUUUCAGGAGACGAGGGAGUGUAUCCAGGCCAGACUGCAUUCCCAGAGAGAGAACCAGCAGCAGGAGCGACUCCUGCUGUCGGUGUUACCGCGUCACGUUGCCAUGGAAAUGAAGGCUGACAUCAACGCCAAGCAGGAAGAUAUGAUGUUUCACAAAAUUUACAUCCAGAAACACGACAAUGUCAGCAUCCUCUUUGCUGACAUCGAAGGAUUCACCAGCCUGGCGUCUCAGUGCACGGCGCAGGAGUUGGUCAUGACUCUCAACGAGCUCUUCGCCCGCUUUGACAAACUGGCGGCUGAGAACCACUGCCUGCGGAUCAAGAUCCUGGGGGACUGUUACUACUGCGUGUCGGGGUUACCGGAGGCGCGGGGGGAUCACGCUCACUGCUGCGUGGAGAUGGGGCUGGACAUGAUAGAGGCCAUAUCGCUCGUUCGGGAAGUCACAGGCGUGAACGUGAACAUGCGCGUGGGAAUUCACAGCGGACGCGUUCACUGCGGGGUCCUUGGGCUGCGCAAGUGGCAAUUCGACGUGUGGUCCAAUGACGUCACUCUUGCAAAUCAGAUGGAAGCGGGGGGCAAAGCCGGCCGGAUCCACAUCACUAAAGCGACCCUGAAUUAUCUGAACGGAGACUACGAGGUGGAAGCGGGCGCCGGGGGCGAGAGGAACGCGUACCUCAAAAAACACGACAUCGAGACGUUCCUCAUCGUGCGCUGCAGCCAGAAGCGGAAAGAAGAAAAAGCCAUGAUAGCGAAAAUGAACCGGCAGCGAGCAAACUCUAUCGGCCACGGCCCGGCCCCCUGGGGGGUAGACAGACCUUUCUACAACCACCUGGGGUCACAUCAGGUGUCCAAGGAGAUGAAACGGAUGGGAUUCGAGGACCCAAAAGACAAGAACAUCCAGGAAAACAUGAACCCCGAGGACGAGGUCGAUGAGUUCUUGGGCCGAGCCAUCGAUGCCCGAAGUAUCGACAGGUUGAGAUCGGAGCACGUGCGCAAGUUCCUCCUCACCUUCCACGAGCAGGACCUGGAGAAAAAGUACUCCAAGCAGGUGGACUAUCGCUUCGGGGCGUACGUCGCUUGCUCCUUCAUGGUCUUCCUCUUCAUCUGCUUCGUCCAGAUCACUAUCGUCCCACACUCCAGUUUCAUGCUGGGUUUCUUCCUGGGCUGUUUUCUGGUUCUGGUCUCCGUCCUGUCCGUGUCUCUCCUCUACUCCUGUAUUAAGAUUUUCCCGUCUCCGCUGCAGUCGUUGUCCAAGAAGAUCGUUCAGUCGCGGAUAAACAGCACGGCGGUCGGGAUCCUCGCCAUCAGCUUAGUCUUCCUGUCGUCUUUUAUUAACAUGUUCAUGUGCAGCACCUCGAGCCUCCGCGGCUGCCUGGCCUCCGAAUAUAAGACGUCCCCGAAUAACGUGACCCCCUGCAUGCUGCGGGACUCCAUGCGCAACUACAGCCUGGACACGGAGUGGGGGAUCUGCGGGGGGUCCGCGCCCAGCUGCAACUUCCCCGAGUACUUCACUUACUGCAUCCUGCUGAGUCUCCUCGCCUGCUCCGUGUUCCUGCAGAUCAGCAGCAUCGGGAAGCUCGUUCUCAUGCUCAUCAUAGAGCUCGUCUACGUUAUUGUCAUAGAGGUUCCUCAGGUGACGCUCUUUGAUAACGCCGACCUCCUCGUGGCAGCCAAUGACAUAGGUUCCUUCACAUCAACCAACUCCACAAACUCCACGCUCAGCUGCGCAGACAGCACGUCGCGGGUGGCGCUGAAGAUCGUCACGCCUGUGAUUAUCACGGUCUUUGUUCUGGCUCUUUACCUUCACGGCCAGCAAGUGGAAUCCACGGCCAGACUGGACUUUCUGUGGAAGCUGCAGGCCACCGAGGAGAAGGAGGAGAUGGAGGAACUCCAGGCCUACAACCGCCGUUUGCUGCACAACAUCCUUCCGAAGGACGUGGCGGCUCAUUUCUUGGCGAGGGAGCGGCGGAACGACGAGCUGUACUACCAGUCGUGCGAGUGCGUGGCCGUCAUGUUCGCCUCCAUCAGCAACUUCUCCGAGUUCUACGUGGAGCUGGAAGCCAACAACGAGGGAGUGGAGUGUCUGAGGCUUCUCAACGAGAUCAUCGCUGACUUCGAUGAGAUCAUCAGCGAGGACGAGUUCCGGCAGCUGGAGAAGAUUAAGACGAUCGGCAGCACUUACAUGGCGGCUUCGGGACUCAACGACACGACUUACGACAAGGCCGGGAAAAGCCACAUCAAGGCGCUGGCGGAUUACGCAAUGAGACUCAUGGAUCAGAUGAAAUAUAUCAACGAGCAUUCGUUCAACAACUUCCAAAUGAAAAUAGGACUGAACAUCGGGCCGGUGGUGGCCGGAGUCAUAGGAGCUCGGAAACCACAAUACGACAUUUGGGGGAACACUGUGAACGUGGCGAGUCGCAUGGACAGCACCGGGGUGCCCGAGAGAAUCCAGGUCACGGCGGAUCUCCAGCAGGUUCUCGCCGCCAGUAACUACACCCUGGAGUGCAGAGGAGUCGUGAAAGUGAAGGGUAAAGGUGAAAUGACCACUUACUUCCUAAACCACGGCCCGUCCAGCAGCUAGCGGAGCGAGAGACAAACCGUUCGUGACAAACGCCGGGACCCGCCGAGGCUCCGACCCACCCGCCAAGCCAGAGCCGCGGCCGUCAGGGUCGUCUCCAGCAUCGCGGGGGAUUAACCAAAGAGUUAACUCGCCAUCGAAUCUGGACCCUCAGCUAAAGGGCAGAGAGAAGCCCUGGGGGCGCCGGCGCGUGGCUUCCCCCAGGAAGGGGUAUGAGGAAUGUAUACCGGUACCAGUUUGCCAGCAACGUUUGUACAAAGAGUAAUAUAAUGUAUAUACGGACCGGCCGGAGCCACGCCGUGGCCUUCAGAAAGAUUAUUAAACACGGACAUCGGAUCAAGAAGCCGCUCGAUGUUAACGCGGGACGACAUUCAGAGCAAAGCCCGUGAUGGCGUCACUAGAACUCUCGUGUCACGUGUUACACGCCACGCGUGACCCAGACGCUCCUGGUCACGCAUUACACGCCACACGUGAACCAGACUCCGGAGAGACUCCAUGUGCAUUUUUUGUAAUUUUAUUUUGUAAUAUUUUAGUGUGAAAAUUUAGCAAAACACAGAUUAUAUAUUUUGUAAAUUAUAUAUACGGAGAGGGGAGUCACUGAACACGCGUGUAUACGAUGACUCUGUACAGUACACGGAUUUACACGGCUCCUUGAGACGUGGCAGUUUCAGAAACACGGAAGGGGGAGAGUUUCAGGGAGGGGAUUUAAAGCUGCGCAGGGGGCCGAUACAGGAG